UCCACUCUAUUAAACAAAAUGGCGACGUCCAUGAAAAGAAAGCAUGAAGAAAAUAUAAACAAAAACAAUUUAAAUGCUAAGAAAUUAAACACGACUGAUUCUUCUUCAGAUAAACUUUUAAAAUUUAUCGAAUGGUGCGAGAAAAAUGAAUUCAACAUAUCCCCUAAAGUGCGAGUGGGCUGUGAAGGCUCUUGUGCUCAGUAUGGCAUGGUGGCUGUUGACGACAUUCCCGAAGGUUACUGUUUAUUUCAAAUACCGAGAAAUUGCUUGAUUAUGCCGGAAAAUAGUGAUAUAGCUGAACUAGUUGAGAAAGAGAAACAAAGUCUGUCAGUGACAAACCAGUGGAUCCCGCUUCUUCUCACUUUGCUAUUUGAAACAAAUAAUCCAUCCUCCAAAUGGAAACCUUAUUUAGAUCUGUUUCCCAACCCUGACUCUAUCGACUUGCCUAUCUUUUGGGAGAGUUCAGAAGUCAACCAAUUACUGCAAGGGAGUGGUGUGGAUGCAGCUGUCAAACGUGACCUCGGCAUGAUACAAAAUGAUUUUGAAAAACUUGUAGUUCCUUUUGUACAAAAAUAUUCAAAGGAAUUAAGUAACCUCAAAGUGAAUCAAGAGGACUUCAAGAAAAUGGUGGCCUUCGUUAUGGCCUACAGUUUCACUGAGCCGAAGGCCAAGACAAAUAAGGUUUCUGAGGAUGGCCUGGAAAGUGAAAGCAGUGUGGACAGUGAAGAUGAGGAGGACCAACCUGUGAUGGCACCACCAAUGAUGGUCCCCCUGGCUGAUAGUUUAAACCAUAUCACCGACCACAAUGCUAAGCUUACCUUUGGAAAAGAAGCUUUAAAAAUGGUUGCUGCUAAAUCCAUUAAAAAGGGGGAAGAAAUCUUCAACACAUAUGGUGAAGUUUCCAACCUCCAUCUGAUGCACAUGUAUGGAUUUGCAGAGCAGUAUCCAGCUAAUGGACAUGAUGUGGUUGAAGUACCAGUGGUCAGGUUGCUGGAAGCUGCUCAAGAAUUAGGUCAAGACCAGACUUUGACCAGUAAAAAGUGUGCUCUACUCAAAGAACAAGCCAUUAUCAUAGAUGAUGAUGUUUUAGUCAUAAACAAAGAUGGGUUUGUGUCAGAUGAAGUUUGUUUACAGAUACUAAAGGUGCUGGCGUUCAGUCAACAAGAAUUUGAUGAUUAUGUGGAAAGGGAAGGCUGGAGUGAUGCUGAGAGUGAAGCGUCUGUUGUAGAUGACUCGGCAUUGUCUUUUGCCAAUCUCCCUACUGUAGAGGUAAAAUGGAAACAGUUAUUAUUAAGAAUGGCACAACUCCACCUCAGUCACUACUCCACUAGUCUAGAGGAAGAUGAGAAGCUAUUAGCACAGACAAAUUCCAUGAGUUCGAGAGAAAAGUUUUCACUAUUCACACGACAGGGACAGAAGAAAUUAUUGUAUAUACUUCUAGAUGCUUGUAAAUAGUUACCAUAAAUAAACAUGAAAUAUUUUUAA